AUGUCUAUGUUUACAUUCGACCAUCCUACUUCUAGCUCUGUUUCCACCAUGACUCACAACACAUCAUCAACAACAAAUCCACUCCCCUAUCAUCCGCUUCUCGACCUCCAACUGCCAGAGGGCCAUUACUAUUAUUUUCCUCCUAUACUGGCAUUCACCCCCUCUCCUAUACCGGGCGCCAGUUUGUCAGACGAAAUUACACACGGAAUGCAAAACGGAAUGCAGAGCAGCGCCCUAUCUAACGGAAUCGCCAGUCAAAUCGCCAAUUCAAUCGCUAGCUCAAUUCCAAACUCAAUCGCUAAUUCAAUCCCACCAUUGACUCCAAUCGAGACACCCGUUGAAUCACCUCGCGAGGUCGACAGUCCAGAAAGCUGCCCAGAGAUCGAGAUUAUCGAUGGAUUCACAAAUACGGGAAGCGAAUAUGCACAGGGUUUGGAUGUCAAGAUGGAGUUGGGCGUGGACAUGGACGAAGAUGUUGUUGAUGUUCCUUUGGGUCAAUAUGUCCAGUAUUCUUCUCAAGCCACGACACCGCUUACAUCACCCCUUCAUACCUGCUUCCCAACAUCACCGCUUCACACCGAUACCAAUCCAACCUUCAUGAGCCUAUUAACAUCGCCACCACUGCCGCACGAUAAAGACGAAGCCACUGCAGUAUAUUCCUUGAAUUCUAAGCCCGUUUUCCCACGUGAUUUAGUGAGGGGAUUCGAAGGCUUGCAUGAAAUGGACAGGAGAAAAUCGUUUGAUGAAGCAUUUCUCAGAAAACUUGAUUUGAAGCGAGAAAGGCAACGAUGGGAAGAAGAAAGCGAAGAGGCUAUGGAAAAGAGACGAAAAUCUCUGCCUACUGAGUUUGGGUCGAUGUUUAGUAUUAAUAGUAUAUGCUCGAUUUCUGGACAUCAAUCACACGCGACUCAACAAUCUCUUCCACCCACUCAAAGAAUUCGCAAACCAUCCAAACCCGUAGCGCCAUUUGCCUGUCCCCACGAAAACUGUCCAAAGACAUUUACCCGUCAAUACAAUCUCAAGUCUCAUCUUCGUACUCACACCGAUGAACGACCAUUCGUAUGCAACUACUCGGGAUGUCCUCGCGCCUUUGCUCGACAGCACGAUCUGAAAAGACAUCAAAAACUGCAUCUGGGUUUAAAACCGCACGUUUGUCGAAAUUGCGGACGCGCAUUUGCCAGAUUAGAUGCUCUAAACAGGCAUUUGAGAAGCGAUAACGCUGCGCAAUGUGCUCAAAAUGUGAGUGGUAUCGGAAGGUUCAGGCCUGAAUCGGCCGGAUGGUAUCCGUAUGUUGCAUCAAAGCUACGUAGUGCUAUUCACCGUGAAACACGUGAACUGUUGUUUCCGGGCGGGGUUGUGUUGAGACAGUUUCCAGACUUCUACGUCGGGAGAGAAAAUAUUUGGUUGCCUUUCCUGGAAAAGACCUUAAAUGCAGGAGCUGAACAUGUGUUGAUUGGGCAUUCUACCGGGGCUGUGGCGGCGCUCAGGUACCUCGAGUCUCAUCGUGUCUUGGGUGUGGCUCUUGCAUCUGCUUAUCAUACCCAUCUUGACGAUCCUAAUGAGCGUGAAUCAGGAUAUUUUUCCAGGCCUUGGGAUUGGUCAAAAAUAUCCCAGAACGCAAACUGGAUAAUUCAAUUCAGCAGCAGCGAUGAUUACGCGGUUCCGAUCGCUGAACAGAGAUUCGUUCAUAAUCAAAUUAAAUCGCAUUACCGCGAGUUUACAGAUCGUGGCCAUUUUACGGGCAGUAGAGAGUUUCCCGAACUCGUUGACACUGUUUUGGAAUUCAUGAAUGGCGUUUUGCCUGAGGAAGAGUAA